AUGCGCAUGAGCAUGAUUAUGCUGCAGGUGUUCACUUUAGAUCAACUACGGGCGAUCAGAAAUGUACAAAGACGUGCAGAGCUACUCAGCAACCCUGAAUACUUAGAGGCCUACCAGAAGGCGAGGGAGGAAGGAACACGGGAGGUCUACCAUACUCGAGUUAUGAUCGUUGGGCAAUACGGAGUGGGGAAAACUAGUCUGAAAAAGCGUCUCCUGGAUGAAGGUUUUAGUAGGGAACACAAUUCGACAGAUGGCAUACAGGUUGACCCAUCAGCUUGUUAUAUUGACAUCAGCAAUUCAUUCUUAUGGAAAACUAAAGCACAGGGGUUCACAUUGAAGGAAGAUACUGAUGACCCCCAGGAUGUAUACGACAGUGAAGUUGCCAAGAAAUUGCAUGCUAUCAAAGACAGAAUAUCUGGGUUCACAUUGAAGGAAGAUACUGAUGACCCCCAGGAUGUAUACGACAGUGAAGUUGCCAAGAAAUUGCAUGCUAUCAAAGACAGAAUAUCUGGGGAACGUGUUAGAGAUAGCAGUGCAGGUGCUACUUGUACUAUUCCUCCAGAUCGCAUACCAGAUACAAUAAAAAGCAAGUUCUUAAGUUUAGAAGAUGGUAAAAAUCGGGAGGAAAAUCAGCUGAAAUUAUCCUUUUGGGACUUUGGUGGACAGCACGUCUUCUACACAACGCACCAAACGUUCUUAACGGACAGAGCCAUCUAUCUGUUGGUUGUAGACCUAACUAAGGACCUGGAUGACAAAGUUGAUACAAUUAGACAAUCACGCCGUGGACCAAAACGUGAUACUGCCGCCCCGGAGAAGGUCAAAGACUACCUUGAUUACUGGUUGAAUUCAAUCCACACUCAUGCUGGGAAGUCAUCUCCUGAAACCCAAUCACUGAGCCCCCCUGUCAUCAUAGUCGGGACACAUAAAGAUGCUCAUAAUGUGACUGACAAGUAUAUAAACGACUAUUUUCACAAGAUAGAAACUUACCUCCAUGGCAAAGUAUACUUUCAUCAUGUUCACACACGAUACAUUGCAGUUGAUAACAAAUCCGAUGACGACCAUGAGUUGGACGAACUAAAGAAGACAAUCGUUCAACUAGCAGAAGCUCAAGGAUUCUGGGGGCAGGAGGUACCUAUUAAAUGGUUGCUUCUUGAGAAAAAUCUUCGUGGAUUAAAAGUUCGAGAGCCAGUGCGCUUUCUUAAGUUUGAACAAGUUAAAGCGAUUGGUUUGAAAGAAGGAAUAGACGAAGCAUCUGUCACAGCUUGCCUUGAAUUCUAUCACUCAGUCGGAGACAUGAUUUUCUUCAAUGAAAACAACCUCUGUGAUCUAGUGAUUCUUGAUCCUCAGUGGCUCAUCGAUGUUUUCAAGAGUAUAAUAACAGUGCCAGAGUUCCACAGAGUCCCGAGUGGACGGAACAAAUUUGAUAGCACUGUCUGGGAGAGGCUGGAUAAAGACGGUGUACUUCACGAAGAAUUUAUUCUAACUGUCUGGAAGGAGCUAUACCCUGAUAUAUCGAUUCAUAGCGACAUAAUGAUAGAACUUAUGCAACGUUUUGACUUGAUCGGUUCAUUUGGAAAUAACCAGGAAAUUACUCAGGGGAAACGACAGUUCUUUGUUCCUUGUCUACUUCCCAAACCAGAGCCAAGUGAUUUCAUUAAAGACCAACAACUAGUUGGUGGCACGCUUUUCUACAAAUUCACCUUUUUCCCCAGAGGGCUAUUUCACAGGGUAGUCGCCAAAAUCUGCCUAAAGAAUAUAUGGCCUUUAUAUGGCAAUGCGUUCUUUGAUUACGCUAGGUUUGAAGUUGGUGAUGGCUGUUGUGUAUUAACACUUUUAGCUGAAGACAAUCACCUAGAGAUGAAAAUCCACCAAACAUUGGAAGAAAGAACGGAUCAGGAGAACAACGCUAUGUGUAUCAAAAUCCGCGAGGACAUCGAGGCAAUGCUGAUGACAACCAUAAAGAACUAUUGUCCAAAUGUCGAUCCUGAGAUAUCUGUAAGGUGCAUAUGUCCGAAUGUGGAAGAGGAAAGGCGAACUUUAGUGCCUAUUUCAGAAAAGGAUAUUAAUCGUGGUCAAAAACAAUGUAAAUCCCACCACCAUUCAAUAAAACUGGAUCAAUAUAAGCUAUGGUACAACACUGCACACAUGGAUUCCGACUCCGAGAGUUCUAAUCCAGAAAGUACAGACAGUGAAGAAUAUUUUGAUAAAGAAAACAUUCACAUACAUACAUCUACAAAGGAGUUCUCUGAGAAAUGGUCUAAACAUAAAAAUGCCUAUACGAAUGCCUCAAUGCCCAGAGGGCGCUGUUUAAUCAUCAACAACUUCGCCUUUAGACCGAAAAUGUCAAACCGUGAUGGCACAGAGCA